AUUAAGAUGUGUCCGUGUCACAUUUUUUUUAAAAUUUUUUAAAUGCAAUUUUUUCUCAUCGCCUCAUUCUUUUUUUGUUCCCUUUUAUUUUCGUAAAAUCAAAUUUUCCUCGUCAUUCUCCUCCUCGCCGACGAUUCUAGGUUUUCCAGCCCUCCCUCACCGCGACGUGCUCUCUCUCGCGGCACCCUCCUGCGAAUCUGGGUUUUCCAGCCCUCUCUCGCCGCGUGCUGAUAAAAAGGAAGAUUGUGCUGAAGUUGGAGAGAGCGCGGUGAUACGGUUAGAUAGGGUUGCGGUUAGAGAGGAUUCCAGACUCGCCAUGGCCUCGAUCUUCCCCUUCUCUCCCCCUGCCAUUGUCGCUCCCCGUUCCCCAGUUCCAAUGGGGAGGCCCUCUUUUAGAAUCCACGUUUCUUCCUCGUCUCCGUCUCUUUCGAAGCCUGAGGUCGUCGUCACCAGAGAACGAGGCAAGAAUGCGAAGCUCAUGAGCGCUCUGGCGAAACAUGACAUUCAGUGUUUAGAGGUUCCUCUUAUUGAGCAUACAGAAGGACCUGAUGCGGGUAAACUUCCGUCCUUGUUAUGUGAAUCUGAAUUUGAUUGGAUCGUCACAACUUCCCCUGAAGCUGCAGCAGUGUUCCUUGAAGCUUGGAAGGCUGCUGGAACUCCCAAAGCACGCAUUGGUGUUGUUGGAGCUGGUACAGCAAGUGUUUUUCAGGACGUGCUGCAGUCAUCUGAGCAGCCUCUUGAGAUUGCUUUCUGUCCCUCGAAAGCGACUGGAAAAGUGUUAGCUUCUGAGUUGCCAAAAUAUGGUGAGAACAGUAAAGUUUUGUAUCCUGCAUCUGUAAAAGCUGGCAAUGAAAUUGAGGAAGGAUUGUCAGCUCGGGGAUUUGAUGUUGUAAGGCUGAAUACCUAUAAUACUCUAGCUGUUGAACGUGUGGAGAAAAAGACUUUGGAACUUGCUCUUUCUUCUCCAGUUGUAGCUGUGGCUUCCCCUUCUGCAGUCCGUGCAUGGGUUAAUUUUAUCCCAAAAGCAGAGAAUUGGGACAAUUCAGUUGCUUGUAUUGGCGAGACAACUGGUUUAGCUGCCAAAAAACUAGGUUUGAAGAAUGUGUACUAUCCAAAAAAUCCAGGUCUUGAAGGGUGGGUUGACAGCAUACUAGAAGCUUUGAGAGUUCACGGUGAAGGCCAACAGAAAGGGUGAACCGACCAAUUGUAAUGUUCCAAGUUGUCAAAAGUUUCUACGCCAAGUGUGGGUUUCUGUCGCAAGCACGGAAGGUGUUCAACUAAAUGCCUGAAAGAGAUAUUGUUGCCUGGGCUGUGAUGCUGAAGGCCUAUGCUGAUGGAGGGGACUACUGGAGUGAAAUGAUGCACCUAUUUGUAGAGAUGUUGUGCGAAGCCAUCACACCAAAUUCUGACACAAUGCUGAGCCUACACCUGAUCUGGGUGAGCAGCUCCAAGCAUUUGCAGUUAAGUGGGUAUUGGAUUCUGAUGCUUUUGUUGGGAGUUCCUUGGUCAGUGUCUAUUAUAGAAAUCGGAGCCGUGGUCUUCGACAGAAUUCCUCAGACAGAUGUAGUCUGCUAACUGUUUGAUAUUGGGGUAUGGAAGAGCUUGGAUAGCAGAGGGCCUCAUAUCUUUGUACUCUGAAAUGUGCUCGAAGGAAUUGAUGCCGAAUCAAUCUACAUUUGUAGGACUGCUCAGCGGAUGUGCACAUUCUGGUUUGAUUGUCUUGUCAAAGCAGUUUUAUGCUCAAGUAAUUGUGCGGGGAUUCGGUUUCAAUGAGGUUGUCCAAGUGAUGCUCGUUGAUAUGUAUGCAAAGUAUGGUGACAUUGAAUCUGGUCGCAUUGCCUUUGAUAUGUCUACGGUUAAACAGAAGGUUGCUAUUUGGAACUCACUAAUUUGCGGCUAUGGAAAGCAUGGGCGCAGUCUGGAGGCCCUGGGAGUUUUUGAUUUCAUGGAAUUUGCCUCUGUCCAUCCUGAUCACACUACUUUCACCUGUCUCCUAUUAGCUUGCAGCCACUCGGGGUGGGCAGAUGAUGGACGGAGAUUGUCUUGCUUGAUGCAGAAGCGAUAUGGAGUACCAUCCAGAGAGGAGCACUAUAGUUGCAUGGUGGAUCUCUUCGGGCGAGCUGGAAUGGUGAAGGAAGCCUAUGAACUUAUAAUUAGAUCAGCAUGCAAAUUGGGACCUUCUGUAUGGGGUGGUGCUCUACUGGGUGCCUGUAAACUCCAUGAAGAUUCAACUAUCGGAGAAAUUGUCGCAGAAGCUCUUUGAGCUAGAGCCAGAGUGCUCAGGAUCAUAUGUUGCAUUGUGUAACAUCUACUCUGUGGGGAAGCAGUGGCAGGCGAAUGACGUCAGAGAGUUAAUGGAUGAUUGGAAUAUAUCGAAAGAUACCAGUCACAGUUGGAUCGAAGUUGGUGGACUGGUGCACAACAGGUUCAGAGCAGGCAGUGGAAGCUUGGAUUACACAACUGUUUGAAUGAAGUAUAUUUGGUUUGUAGAGACUUGACUUGCAUGCUUUUGCCUGUGAUACAUACAGAGAGAGUUACAUUAUGCAAUCCAUUUCUUCGAAUCCAUGAGUGUCAAGCUUUCCAGAUUGUGGUAACUGAAGCUAGCUUUUAACAUGUUGCCAGAGCUACAUUUUGCAAUCCAUUUCUUCGAAACCGUAAGUAUCAAGCUUUUGAGAUUGUGGUAACUGAAGCUAGGUUGUAACAUGUUGCCAGAGCUUUGUCGAGACUGAAUCAUAGUUUGCACUCGUAUACUUCAUACCUUUGGGAGA